GCCGACAGGAAGAAGAGAGUGGAAACAUAAUUCAGUUGGUAGACUCCUGUAUUGAAGGGCUCUGCUGAACCGGAGGACCUGUUGUUCUGUUGUUAUCUGUACUCGGCUUAAUGAAAUUACUGCAGUAUCCGUUUGAUAAUAAGGAACUCGCGCUUCCAGCUGUCAUUGUGCGCAGGUCAGGUUGUCAGAGGAAUCAUUGAAGUCAGAUGGGUCAGGCACUGUGGAGGCUGCCUCCCAGACAACAGCAGCAGCUUCAGGAAGAGCUCGCUGAUCGACUGGCUGAGAGAGGAGGGGGACGACAGGAGCAAGGGAGAGAUGCAGGCUCGCAGAAAAGAGCUCCACAGCACUGCUAUCGGCCUGACAUCUAUCAUCUGCUGAGAACACGCAGUGGCGGUAAGGAACCUCAUGGUUUUAUAGACUUGGAGAUGCUGCCACCUGAACUGGGCAUCACCAUACUGUCAUACCUGAAUGCUACUGAUCUGUGCCUGGCUGGAUGUGUGUGGCAGGGUCUGGGAAAUGAUGAAUAUCUUUGGCAGGGGCUAUGUAAGUCCACUUGGGGCCACUGCUCCAUCUACAACAGAAGGCUUCCUGCUGGUUUCUCAUAUAGAAGACUAUACCUACAGCUAGAUGAAGGCAGCCUGACAUUCAAUGCUAACCCACAGGAGGGUAUCAGUUACUUCAUGUCCAAAGGUAUACUAGUGGAUCACCCCACUGAGCUGGCAAAGUUUAUUUUCUACACCAGACGGCUCAACUGGAAGAUGCUAAGGAUUUAUCUGGAUGAGAGACGGGAUGUCCUGGAUGAGUUGGUGAAGCUCCAUAACUUCAGUAACCAGUUUCUCCCCAAUGCUCUGAGGGAUUUCUUCAGACACAUCCAUGCGCCCGAGGAGAGAGGAGAAUAUCUGGAAACCCUUAUUACCAAGUUCAGCCACAGGUUUUGUACCUGUAACCCUGGGCUUGUUCGAGAGCUGGGCCUCAGUCCUGAUGCUGUGUAUGUGCUGUGCUACAGCCUUAUCUUGCUCUCCAUCGACCUCACCAGCCCACACGUGAAAAACAAGAUGUCCAAGAGGGAGUUUAUCAGGAACACACGACGAGCAGCACACAAUGUUUCGGAUGACUUCGUAGGCCACCUCUACGAUAACAUAUACCUGAUCGGCCACGUUGCUGCGUAGCUCCAACUGUCAGCUGACCGUACUGCACUGAAAAAAUAAGAACCGGCCUCGUGUCUAAAAGUAUGGAUCACCACAGAAAUGGAUUCGAACAACUUUUCACAUCUAACGAGGAAUACGACGGCUAAAUCUUACUGGAAAGAUCAGAAACAAAUAAAAUUGUCACUCCACUGCGAGAGACACUGCGCUACCAAAAAUUAAUGUUGACACGUGAAAGAACCUAAUUUCUUUAAAACCCAGUCACUGCAGAGGAGGAGAUUUAAAGCAGAGCCACGAAGACACUGCACUGAUUGAAAGGGACUACUGACUGAUGGUGGAGGAAGAGCAGGAAAAGCUUCGUCUUCAGUCUGUUUUCUGAUGUCAGGGUAAUUCUGCUGAUUCCGUUUAGCUAAGCGCUGCUCGUCUCUCAGCUGCAGGACGAAGCCUGGCUCACUCUUGUUGGUAGUGACACACGAAAUUAAAUGGAGCUAACACAGUAUCAAACAUACCAUCAGUUUAAUAAGAAGAUUAAUUGUUAAGCAGUUGAGCCCAUGCUAUAAACAGUAGGCUUGAUCAGCCGUAUGGACACUAUGGCUAGUAGAUCAGUUGUAGACUGUUUUUGAAACUGCUUUGCUGAAUAAGCCUAAAUAUGUCUCAAAACCCUCCGAACUAUAAUUUAACCACUGGGCUCUCAUCCUGAGGCAUAAGAGUCAGUACACAUGAACACUAAACGAUGCCAUGUAACAGGGUUUUACCUGCAGUAUCUGUAACAAACACAAGUUAUGGAGGCUAUAAUACUACUGUGGCAACGCUGAAGUCAAACAGAGGAUUCCUGCUGCAAGUCGGAAAGAUUUUCUAAUUAUAUUAAUGAAAGAAAAUUGAGACACUCUAUAUCCACAUGUAGUUUAAAAUGAAUGUGUGAGAAUCUUGUUCUUGCAGGAGGGCUGCUGUUGUAAAUUUUAAAUAUUGCAAAUUGCAAUACAGUUGAUUGUUAGUAACAGCUAAUAAACAUGCAUAUCUUUAGUUACUUUUAGUUGAAAGUGAGUAUGUGAUUUAAGAAAACGUGUCAUAGCAGUGGCUUGGUGGUGAUGGAGAUGGAUGCUUAUUAAGAGAAAAAUAGCUCAAAUCAAGUGUAGAAGGAGAUAAUGUUAGCCAAGAAAAAAGGAGUUUUAUUGGGUCUUUGGGGAUUUGCCUCCUGAACAGGGGUGGAUGCCAGAACUCUGUAAAUAACAUUUAUAACAGAGUAUAACUAUGAUUUAGGGCGUUCAUAAAACUGUGUCCUGAACAGAGUUUAGCCCAACUGCUACAGUUUAGUUUUAUUUCCUGGACAAAAAAGUCUUCCACUUUGUUCUGUGACAUUAAUCACAUGUAGUGUAAUUCUGUUUUACAGUAACACCACAACCCCUGCAAAAGCAGUCCCAUGCUUUCAGAGGUCAGUGAGUCGGUGCUCUCAAGUUUUAUUUAGCUUUCUAUUUAUAUAACUAGCUGCACGGUGUCUGAGCUGUUAUUGAUGGAUUUGUAAGGUAACACUACAAUAGGGAGGACAUAGAUUGAUUGUGGAUACAGAUACUCAUUCUACUUUUUAAUAAAAGUAAAGUUUUAAUCAGGUGACCUGAACCAUCUUGUAGAUGUGCUGCAAUAUGCUUCGGGUGCUGGGGGGCUUCCCAUGAUGCACGGAGCACUUCUUCUUCACUCACCUCUCUGUAUUUAAUUAUGAGCAGUGAUUAAACUCUGGUUCUCUCCUGUAGCGUGCUUCCUGUCCUGUCUCUCUCUGCUCUCUCUUCUUCUCUUUAUUCCCCACCACAAUACUCACUCUGUGCUCGUAGCUUCUAACAGCGAGUGCCAACAGCCAGAAUGUAGCUGCAGCUAAAGGGAUCACAGCGUUCACUUAAUGUAACCAUAGCAACAACACAUUUUCUGUGGUUUAAUUAAGGGUUUGAUUUUAUUUGAUCACGGUGGGGGUAUUGUAAAACAGUCAAAAGAUACUGGUUUUGUUUUCUGUCCAACUCAUUCUCUUCUUUAGAUCAUUAUCACUCAGACAUUUGACACGAAUGUUUAAAUUAUGAAAUCUUUAUUGUUGUUUUUUUCUGUGUUCUUAUGCUAUGAAAGUCAAAAUGCACUGAGAACUUGUUCCAAGGAUGUGUCUUUAUUUUCCUGACGAGUUUCAACCAAGGGAGAAACUUGUGGCAUUCCCUCAGAGCAAGCGAGACAAGCAAUGCUCCUCUUGUCUAAAUUAAAACGUACGAAAGUAAAGCGAUCUCUCUCCUUUAA